CAAAAUUGUAAGGCCGGAUUGUUGAUUUUUAUCCAUAGUAAUUAAUAAUAAUUUAGAAUUAUAUACUACAGUCAAUACAUAAUAUUGACACAAACUUGAUAUUCCAAAUGUAAUAAGCAUUUAAAUAUCGAUAAUGGCUUUAGUCUUAAAAUAUGUGGUGGCUGUCCUAGUGAGGUAUUGGCUUAUUCAUUCAGAUUAUUGGCAAACUCUAUCAAACAGAGUUGAAAUAGCCACACCUCUAAACUCGUGGAAAAGGCUAAUUGAAGGCAUUUACUUAUUUGAACAUAACAUAGAUCCCUAUGAUGGUGACUCCUUUCAUGAAUCCCCUUUAUUACUUAUAUCUUUCUACAGUCUUCUGAAGUAUGCACCAUACCUAGUACCAGGAGUUUUUAUAUUAAUUGAUAUAUUAACAGCAUACUUUUUGUAUAAAACAGCAAAGAGAUUUAUCAGAAUUUUGAAGAGUAAUCAGGAAAAUAAUAAGGAAGUAAUUUCUGAUGAGUCAAAGGCAAUGAUCUUGACAAAUUUUCAGUUGGAAGAAGUGCCAGAAUAUGUUUUGUCAGUGUAUUUAUUUAAUCCAUAUUCAGUGUUAAAUUGUGUUGGAAUGACAACUACUGUAGUCCAGAACUUAUUAUUAGCUAUCUCAUUGUGGGGAUCUGUUGCUGGCCAUAGAUUAGUGGCAUGUAUUUUUAUUGCUCUAGCUACACACCAAGCUCUCUAUCCUAUAACUUUGAUUGUGCCAAUAUCAAUAUUACUAGCUGAUGCCAACAAAGGUUGCAAUAAGUGCUCAUACAUAAGAACUCUCUUAGUCUUUAUAGUGUGUUGGGGCUUUUUGAUUUUCAUAUCGGCCUAUAUAAUGAAUGGUUCAUAUUCUUAUAUCUAUAAUACAUAUGGGUUUAUAUUAAAUGUUCCUGAUCUCAAACCAAACAUAGGAUUAUUCUGGUAUUUUUUCACUGAAAUGUUUGAACACUUCAGAUUACUUUUUGUAUGUGCAUUUCAAAUAAAUGCACUGAUUUUGUAUGUAGUGCCACUGACAUUAAGGUUUAAGAAUGAACCUAUUUUAUUAGCAACAGUCCUUAUUGCUCUGUCAACAAUAUUUAGAUCAUAUCCAUGUGUGGGAGAUGUUGGUUUCUACUUAGCACUUUUACCAAUGUGGAAGCAUUUAUUUACUUUUAUGCAGCAGAAGUUUAUUGCUGGUUGUGCAUUUAUUAUUACAUCAGUAUUAGGACCAACAGUUUGGCAUUUAUGGAUAUAUUCAGGAUCAGCUAAUGCGAACUUCUUUUUUGGUGUAACACUAUCAUUUGCAACUGCACAAAUAUUUCUCAUAACAGAUUUAAUGUUUGCAUACUUAAAAAGAGAAUUUACCCUUAAACAUGGCUCAUCUCGUCAAGUAGAUGGUAAACCGGCGAAGUUAGUUCUUAGAUAAAUAUAAUCAACUUUAUUUGACAUAUUAUUUUUAAACUGAGCUUUCAAAUAAUAUUUAUUAUAACCAAUAUGUUUGAAAUUAGUGGUUCAAAUAAGUUCCGGAACAAAUUGCCAUUUAGUUGUGAUGAGGGCUACAGUGUGAUUUUAACUUAUGAACUUGAAAAUGUAGCUACUAUAAUAGUGUGUAAAAUAAACUUAGAAGAAAUUUUAUUUUCAAGAUGGAUUUGUCUGUUAUUGUCUGAUAAUUUUUUAAUGAAUUACCAGUAAUUGCAUUUUAAAAAUAAAGCAUAAUAACUAAGGAUUUUUUAUGUUCAAAAGUACAAUAAUUAUUACUCAACUGUCAUGUAAGAUGACUAUUUUAAGUAUGUUAAUCCAUUUUUUUUCUUAAUUUAUGCGUACUUCUGUGAUUCAGAAUUCGUAUAAGUGAUCAUCGUAUGUGAAAUUGUUAGUACUAUUUUUUAAGUUCUUAAACAGUUAUAUCGAAUUUAUACAUUUUCAUGUAACUGGGAUUAUUUAAUUUAACAAAGCGCCACCUAUUGUUCGCCAGGUCCUCUAGAGUGAAUAACUUCGUAAGCCACUAACCAUUCGUAAAAAGAUAAUACUUUUAUAGUUUGUAACGAUUAUCAAAAUACCUGGUUGCCAUUUUCAAGGAAUUGAUUUAUUAAUGUGUUGUAUUAAAAAAAACCACAGUACAUUCCGCAAUGAACAAAUGUUUUUAAUGUAAUAGUUUAAAUAUAUGAAAUUAGGUUUUAAACUCUUGUUAAAUUUACUAUCACAAUUAUACCAAAAAGUUUGUAGUAUAUACGGUUUGCAUGAAAUAAAUAUUUUUACAGAU